AUGUCUCGUGCUUCCGCAGCUCCGCCACCGAUGCCUCCCAUAGCCCAACCUAUUGCUAUCCCCGUAGAGCCCUCCCUUUGGGACCGCUUUACCAAUUGGGCAUCCGAGAACAAAGCGCUCGUCUAUACCAUUGCUGGUCAAAAACCGAGGUCUGCUUCGCAAAGUAAACCUAGCAAGAAGGAGAGGCGGAAACGAAAGGAGGCAGAGCGCCAGGCCGAAGCAUCUAAAACUGUCCCGGCAGGUGAACAAGCGAAGACCCCGACAGUAGAAGCCGCCGAUGAAUUACCCGAGAUCAACGAGACCACUGUCGAUACCUUCACCGAUGAGCAGCGUCGCGACUAUGCCCUGCAGUUAAAGAACGCUGGAAACAAAGCUUAUGGCAGUAAAGACUAUGACAGAGCUAUUGAUCUCUAUUCCAAGGCUAUCCUCUGCAAACCAGACUCUAUCUUUUACUCUAAUAGGGCCGCUUGCUACAACGCCCAAUCCGUGUGGGACAAGGUCGUCGAAGAUACGACCGCCGCUAUCAGCCUCGACCCUACAUAUGUAAAAGCUCUAAACCGAAGAGCUAAUGCUUAUGAGCACCUAUCUCAGUUCAGCGAAUCGCUCCUCGAUUACACCGCCAGCUGCAUCAUCGACGAGUUCAAAACCGAAUCCAGUACCAAUGCUGUCGAACGAUUGCUUAAGAAAGUUGCUGAGCAAAAGGCUGAGGAAAUCAUGAAGUCCAAGGAUCCCAACAAGCUACCUAGCCCCACCUUCGUCUCCAACUAUAUUCAAAGCUUCCGAGCGAAGCCGCGUCCCGAGGGUUUGGAGGACGACGUGGAGGUACCGGAAUCUACUGGAAAAGGGCAGCUACAAAUCGGGUUGAAAGCUAUGGAGAAGAAAACCCACGAAGGUUAUGAAGAAGCAGCAAAUGCGUUUGAAAAGGCUCUGGAACUUGGUGACUUGGAUAAGCACGAGGCGCUUGCCUACAACCUACGGGGUACGUUCAGAAAUCUACGUGGGGCUCAAGAGGAAGCUUUGCAGGAUAUGGACAAGAGUAUUGAGCUCGAUCCGUCGUACACCCAAAGCUAUGUCAAGCGUGCAAGCAUGCACCUGGAAAUGGGUGACCGAGCCAGUGCUGCCGCGGACUUAGAGCAGGCUUUGAGUCAAAACGAUAGCGAUCCGGACAUCUAUUAUCACCGCGCGCAGUUGCACUUUAUCCAUGGCGAAUUUCAAGAUGCUGCUAAGGAUUACCAAAAGUCAAUCGAUCUUGACUCUUCCUUCAUAUUCUCACAUAUUCAGCUUGGUGUAACGCAAUAUAAGAUGGGCUCUGUGGCAUCCUCUAUGGCGACGUUCCGUCGGUGUGUUAAGAACUUCGACAAGGUACCCGAUGUGUACAACUACUACGGAGAGCUUCUCCUCGACCAGAGCAAGUAUGACGAAGCUAUCCAGAAAUUCGACACCGCCAUGGAGAUGGAAAAGCAGACGAAGCCUUUGGCGAUGAACGCCGAAUUUACGGAAGCAGAAAAGUUAUGCGAGAAGGCGCUGAUCAUUGAUCCCGAAUGCGAUAUUGCCGUGGCUACAAUGGCGCAACUUCUCCUUCAACAGGGCAAGAUCACGGAGGCACUUAGGUACUUUGAGCGUGCAGCUGAGCUUGCUAGGACACCUGGGGAGAUUGUUAAUGCGCUUUCAUACGCCGAAGCUACGCGGACACAGAUUCAAGUUCAAGAAAAGUAUCCUCAAUUAGCUGCUAAACUCCAAGGAAUGGGCACGGGUGCUGCUAGUAUGGGGGCCGGCGCAUUUGCGGGCGCCCGCUAG